CCAUAAUUGUUAUUGUUAGCUUGUUAGCUAGAGGACGCACUCGUGAAAUGGAGAUAUGACAGAGUAAUAACGCCUUAUUACAUGUACACGAUUAAGUUAUUACAAAUAUAAAGCGAGAUGGAAGAAGGAAACAGGACUGAUGCUGCUUCGACAUCCAAGAACCACGCAAGUUCAAUCCACUUACAGACUCCAAAGAAUGAGGACACCUAUGAGAUUGCAAUCCCCUAUGAAGAGAGCAACUUUGAGCAGCAAGGAUUUUUCACCCAGAAUGAUCAGAGUUUUGAAGAGUCUGCCCCAUCUGCUGGCCCAUCAUCAGUCAGUAACUCAUAUAUGGUAAUCACCAACCUGCGCACCCAGUUACAGAUCUCUCUGGAGAAAAACUCCUGGUUGCAGAAAAGAAUAGAGGACCUAGAAGAAGAGAGAGACUUCCUGCGUUGCCAGCUGGACCGCUUCAUCUUUUCCACAAAGACCCAGGGACAGGAACAGAGUCAGAGCCAGUAUAGUAAUGGCUAUGAGUCAAGACGAUUCAACUGGAGAGACAGAAGAGAGGAGGAUCGUCCUGCUGGUAAAGCCUCAACUAAGCAUGCAGCAGAUGGUAAUAUUCAACAUGUGACAGGCAGGUGUAUGGAAUAUUACAUAAAACAGCAGAAGACAGACUCACAACAUUUCCCAUCACGACAGUUUAUCCAACGAAGACCUGGUCCUCCAACCAUGGUGCCAUCCAAAAAUCACAUCUCCAGUCCAGUAACUAGCCAGCUUGCCUCUAUGAAUGCAUUGUUCAGCUCCACACCACCCCAAUCCCUUCUGCAAGCCCAUAGCACUCCAAGUACUACAGCAAGUUCCAGCAGCAAUAACAGAAACAGCACAACUCGGCCAUCCAUAAAUGAAAUGAGCGCACAUGGCAACGUAUGUCCAGAUUCUCUUUCACUCCUGGGAGAGUCUGAUGAGUACUUGGAGCAGGAUAGCUACCUUGAGGAGGAGGAAAUGAUUUCAGGGGAGGAUGUAUUGCCAGACACCAUGAACAACAACAGACACCAAUUAAAGAGAAGGAGGGUCUUCCGAGUCCCAAGAGAGCGGCAGAGAGUUAAAGAUGCUGCUGGAGUGUUGUUUCGGUAUAAGAAGAUCCUGCUUACCUAUCAGCGUUUGAAAAAUAUGUCCAAAGCUUUUCAAAUCCAUGGUGUGGACCGCAACACAGUGGCUUCCACCACACCCAUUGCUGAGCUGCUGCUGGUGGCGCCAGAGAAGGUAGCGGAGGUGGGUGAGUUUGACCCAUCCAAGGAGAAGCUCCUGGACUACGCCAGACGAUGUUACACUGCCUUGGAUGAAGAGACACUCAGCAGGGUGCAAGCCCUGAAGAAGAAUAAUCUUCUCCUGCCCAUCUCAUACAGGUUCAGACACUGAAGAAGGAGAUGGGGGGGAAAUAACAAGUCACUCCAGAAUACAAAGAGGCAUUACUGGAUGAAAGGUGAGGCGGUUGGAUUCUGCUCCUGCAGACCAGUUCACCUCUGAUCUGCCGUGAUGCUCAGAGGCAUGUGGAAUACUUUUGUUGUCUCUGUACCCUUGUCAUGGCCAUAUAAGCAAUGAUCCAAAUCCUUAUUUUAAACUUUUCAUAUCUAACUGCCAGUAUGAUGUUCAGGCCCAUCAGUUUCUGCAAGAAACCCACAUUCAUCUCCACAAGGUCAGACUGUGGGAGUUCCUGUUGCAGGUGGAAACAGACAAAAAAGGAUUAUUUUUCCUCAAGCAAAACUACUCCUCUUUGUGCUUCAGAAGCUUAUGUAGGCUAACUGCAAAUGAAGAUCGGUCUUGACUGUUGUAAUUUCAGAGGCGUUUGCCAUUUCUUUUCUUUAAAAUUAGUGUAAGAUUCAUGCUGUAUUUGUGUUUCACUCUUUAGAUUUGCAGAGACAAAGUUUUGUUUCCUCUCAUUUCAGAAAAUCUGUCUUAUCUUCAGGCUAGGAGUUUCAGAAUCAGAUAUUCAGAUCACUUAAAUUACUGAUAGUCAAAAUGAUUUGCAGACAGCAAUCUGUAACAUUUUAGUUCUGUGCACUUUUAGUAAAAAAUGCACACAUAGCGUAGCUUUUAAUCACAAUGUAUAUGCAUUUUGAAAUUAUUUGCACGCCAUAGAUUUUGUAGAAUGUCAUCUUUUUAAAGAACCAGUGUCACUAUAUUUUAUUGUUGGCUUUCUUUCCCUUGUGUUGUGUGUUGUCAGUAUGUGGAAAAACAAUUUCACUUUUUGCUUGUUUUGUUUUUAUUUGUUUUGAUAGUAAUACUGAUUAAAAUAUUGAUACAGGCUACUUAUUUUCAGCA